GAAGCGCCUCUAGCGGCCGCGCUGGGGCCGCGCUGGGGGCCGCACUCCACGCCGAGUUAGUGUCGCGAGGGGACCCGGCAGAGCGGCGAGAGAGACGAGGGAGCACAGGAGGAGGAGGAGGGAGCAGAGGAGGAGGGAGCGUGACGCAGGACCAUGGUGGUCACCGUGGACAUUAGGCGAACCUACAAGUACCCGUUCGAGAAGGUCGUGGAUGUUUAUCUCAACAAGUACCCGACCCCCAAGGAGAAGAUGGUCAUCGGCAUCAAGACGGUGGAGGAGCGCCAAGCAGAUGGCUUGACCGGCGUCAUUUACCGGCGCAAGAUCGCCACCUGUGCCAACGUGCUGCCCCGGUUUCUGCGGCAGCUGGGUGCGCUGCAGGUGGACAACGUGCGCCUGGAGGAGGAGUCGUGGCUGGACGUGCAGAGGAGAGUGCUGGACGUGCAGAGCCGCUGCCUCACCUGGACACACCUGGCCACCAUGCACGAGCAGGCGACGCUGCACCCGAGCCCACGCAACCCCACCUGGACAGAGUUUGUACAGCACGGCACGGUGGCGGUGACCGGCCUGGGCUCACUGGGGCGACUUGUGGAGAUGUUCGCUCACACAUUCCUGAGCCAGGGCGCCAAGCGGGAUUACCAGGUCCUGCAGCUACUGGGGAAGGGGGCCUUUGCCUGCGUGUACCGGGCGCGCUCCGUGAGCUCCCUCAUCGAGGUCGCCAUCAAGAUGAUUGACAAAAAGGCGAUGAAGAAGGCCGGCAUGCUGAAGAGGGUCCGGAAUGAGGUGGAGAUCCACUGUCAGCUCAAGCACCCUUCAGUUCUUGAGUUGUACACGUGCUUUGAGGACCAAAACUAUGUGUACCUGGUGCUGGAGAUGUGCCACAAGGGGGAAGUAGGACGCUAUCUCAAGGCCAAGGGAGGAACGCCUUUCUCCGAAGAGCAAGUGCGCCACUUCAUGAAGCAGACGGUGCACGGGAUGCUGUACCUGCACUCCCACGGAAUCCUCCACCGGGACCUCACGCUUUCCAACCUCCUACUCACGGCCGACAUGAACAUCAAGAUUGCCGACUUUGGUCUCGCUGCUCAGCUACGGCUCCCGGAGGAAAAGCACUUCACCAUGUGCGGCACACCCAAUUACAUCUCCCCGGAAAUUGCAACCCGCGGGGCACACGGGUUGGAGUCGGAUGUCUGGUCGCUCGGGUGCAUGCUGUACACCAUGCUGGUGGGGCGGCCGCCGUUUGACACGGACGCGAUUGGCACAACGCUAAACCGCGUGGUACUGGGAGAGUACAGCGAGCCGAUGCACCUCUCCAAGCCGGCGCGCUCCCUCAUCCACCAGCUGCUCCAGAAGAACCCAGUGGACCGGCUUGGUUUGGCCUGCGUGCUUGACCACCCCUUCAUGACAUUGCGUGGUGGCGGUAGUAGAAUGACCACAGAACGCGGAGUGAUCCGCUCGCAUCCAAUGCCGUCCCAAGGAGUGGAGGUCUCGAUGGACAGUGGCAACACCACCAUGUCUACUGCAGCAGUAACCGUAGAGAGAUCCCGGUCCGGCGCACGUUUGGUGAGUGGUAGCAGAGAAACAUCUACCCAGGCCUCACAGUCUGCGACCAGCUUCGGAUUUGAUGACGCGUUCCGCAGUACCUGCACCAGUGGGUUGGGUGGAGUGGAGGGCAGCGCGUGUCGCUCGGAGACGUCCUGCCGGAGCGAGAGAGACCGUAACGGCGACCACAGCACUCGCACCGGCAGUCGACCGGGACAUACCAAUGCACGGAGCACUAACAGCGGCAUCAGCACGAAUAUGCGGAGGGGAACCGAUGACCGCCGAGCAAAGACAGAUGCACAGUGCCCAAGCCACACUGGAGCCCGCGAGCCCGGCAUCACAGCCAGCACAGAGAGCCAGCGUUGCGCUCAGAAGUUUGUGCAACAUGGCCUGGGCUCGGCGCGCGCCGGUACCGCACCCCGAGCGGAGACUGAACAGCCAAGUGGCUCGCGGCACGAAGAGCGCGCUAACGUGUGUGGGAGUUUGGUGGGGCGGAACACAUCCUCUUCUCACUCCGCCCUCUGCACCAGGGAAUGUCACCAGUCACUCAUGUCAGACAGAGUGGAUGGGGAUCGCCUGUGGAACAACAACGCCUGCUUGGAUCUAGGCCGCAUAGCAGACAAGGCGCUGUGUGAGAAGCACAGCUCACAGUGUGGCUGCCAAGGCCCCGACGUGGCGGGGGAGGCCCAUGGGCCCAGGGGGGGAUGCCAAACCACGGCGGCCUCCCGGGACCACAGGGAGGAUGGCAGGGAAGGACGGCGGGAGGGAGUGGCACCUGCGCUGCCCAGCCACAGCGGCAGGCCGUUCACAGUGGCAUCAUGCGGUAGUGGCGGUGGGACCGGUGAUGGAGGUGAUGCUUUGCAAGGAACGAAUCGCUCGUCUGUGUUUGUGGGCUGCGCUGCUACCCCAUUGAGUGGCACUGCUGGUGGUAGAGCUGGUUGUGGUGUGGCCUCCCAGCCGCACUGCCAUGGAGCCACAGAUCCCCGUCACUACCCUCCGGCAAGGGGACUCAUUAAGAAGCAAGCAGACGGUCGGUGUGGACAAGGGGUUGAGAGACGUGCGGACACGCAGGAGAUGCAGGCGCACUGGCCCUCGGACGAUGUCAUGCCGAAAGAUGGCAGUGCAGGGCGUAACGUUAUUAGCCACGUGACGUCGCUUCUCAACAGCAUCCGCCUGCGGCCAAUUCGGCAGCUCACGAAGAACGCGGUGGUGAGCGUGCUGGAAGAUGGAGAGGUGUGUCUGGAGUUCCUGAAGGGGCGGAGUGGGCGGGAGCGAGUGCGGGAAGUUCUGCGUAUCUCCAGUGAUGGGCAGCAGAUCCGCCUAUAUCAGCCCAACGAAGGUCGAGGCUUUCCCCUGGACGACCGGCCUUCAUCACCCCCAGAGGAGGUCGUUAUCUACUCCUAUCACACACUUCCAGAGACCUACUGGAAGAAGUACAAGUACGCUGCUAGGUUUGUGCAGCUGGUGCGCUCCAAGACGCCCAAGGUGACGCUCUACACCCAGCAUGCCAAGUGCACGCUCAUGGAAAAUUCUCCUCAACCGGACUUCGAAGCUUGCUUCUAUGAUGGAGCCAAGGUUCACCGGGGUGGUGAAGCCAGCAUGCGUGUGAUUGAGCCCUCCGGCAGGCUCAGCGUGCUCGAUGGCUCUGUGGCCAUGGAUGGAGUGGGGGCGGCCGAGGGAGUGAGGACGUACUUGUGUCACGCAGAGCAAGUGUACAGGCAGUGUGUGGCACUGGAGGCACUGAUCUCGGCACAAGAAGACAAGUGUCACCCCAGCAUCUGCCUCUUCCCAAUCACGGUCUCCAGGCGCCCCUUAUACAUUGUGAAUCCCCUACCAGCGGAGUCAGCGUCCCCUGCUACCCAAGAGGGGGUCACAAGGAUGGUCCAGCCCCCCUCUCCCAGCCAAGCGCCGGCCCUCACCCCCUCUAUGCUGUUGUUUGACGGGAAGGCCAUGUCGGAGGCCUCGAGUCCCGUGUCGCUGGGCGGUUCGUCAGCGUGUGGCCGUGCGGAAGUUGUCCGCUCCGUGUUCGUGCCGCUCGUCGGCUGGGCCUCACAGUUGGCAUCAGGCGAAGUGUGGGUGCACUUUAACGAGGGCUGCCGGAUGCAGGUGCAUCCCACCGCCGCUUCCAUCGCAUUUACCGACUCCCUGGGAGUCACCAGCAGGUUCUCCCAGAAGGAUCAACUCCCUGAGCAGCUCAAGGACCGGCUGCAGAUCUUGCCGAGAGUUGUGGAGUUGCUGGCGACGUCGGGGCUGGGAGCCGGCGCUACCUCCAUCACUCAUGACACCGCAGGAAACGCUGGGUCAGGCAUCCCGCCAGGCUCGAGAACAGGGAGGACACGCGGGCGUUGUGGUGGACAUAGGCUCUGAGCCGUCGUUGUGGUGUGCCCAAGGCUUGCAUUUCUCACUGCUGAAAAUGUCUGGUCAUUGGUGGAUAAGGGUAUACACAUGACUAGUAGCCAUGGAGAAAGGUGUACUGAAUGUGGUGGACCAUGUGUGGAAAUAUAUGUCAAACCUGGCUGAAAAUAAGUCGUACGUGAGGCCAAAAAGAACAAAGCACUUCGGUCUUGCAAAGCCUCUUGUGCCAGUGCGUGCAUGUGGGGAUGCAUGAGGGUGCACAGGAGAGGCGCAACCGCUGCUUGCAUUUGGCAUCUCCUGGAAUGUCGUCUUACCUAUUUAGGUGCAGUACUGGUUUUAAAUAAAGCGGUAUUAACUCUGGUGCUUUAAAUCAGCUACAAUGUGGCUACUCGUUCAGUUUGUAAAGCUAACCUCGUAUUUUUUGAACACUUAAAUCUUUCUAUUUCAUAUUUAUAUUUUUAUACUUUUCCUUUCCCAAUGUUUUAUUAAAGAUGUGCUUAUGUUGUGAGAAUGGCAUUAUGCAUUUUUGUACAUAAUGUUGAAGUGGGAAAAAAAACUGC